CGUUGAGUGGACCAGUAUGUCUAUCGUCAUCUAUCGAGACGGUCUCUGAGCUUGUACUAGAAACCGCUGCCAUCCAUAAUCGGUGCCAGACCGUUCCCCAGAAGUGACACCGACGCUUGCGUUAAAGACAGAAGUUUCGUCGUCGCUAUCGGCCUUCCGUUAACCUCUGCCACUGCUGCUGCUACCUCUGCCGCUGUUGCCGCUGCGAUUUCUUCUGCUCCGUAUACCGUGCCAAUCACCCUCAGCCGGAUGUUGCCUCGCUCCGACAGCAAGUUGCUGCGCUUAACCCGAGUCGAAAAUGGAGGCGUCGGCCCGCUGUGAGAUCGAUCUCCUGGGCGAGCGGAGAAUCGACACUCAGAUCGACGAGAAGCUCAUCGCCGAAGACCUCCUCAAUCUCGCCUCAUCCCACCUGAAGCUCCGCGAACGCGAGUAUUUCGGUUUGUCUUGGGAAGAUGAAGAUGGUCACUUGCAUUGGUUGCAGCCGGAAAAAUUGGUUUUGGACCAAGUUACCGAGAACUGCAUCCAGCAACAGGGCAACGGCGAGGCCAAAAUCGUGCUGCACUUCAUGGUCAAAUACUAUGUGCCGACCAUCGCGUUGUUGAGCGAUGCCAGCACGGUGGAGGCCUUCUUCAUGCAGGCCAAACUCCUGAUGAGCAAAGGCGUCCUCGAGCCGGACAGUCAGACCGAGUACCGACUGACGGCGUUGGCGUUGCAAGCGAAUUUCGGCGAUUGGACCCGCGACGAAGAUGCCAAGCUGCGGCUCCGUCAGAUGGGCUUUCCGAGCCCGUCUCUGACCAAGCACAAAUCGGUCGAUUAUUGCGAACGGAAGAUCCUCGAGGACUACAAGAGUUUCCUGGGCUUCACUCGAGGCAACGCCAUCAUCCAGUACAUGAACACGGUCGAGGGUCUCGCGACCUACGGAAUUCAUUUCUACAAAGUUCAACAGAAAGACCGUAACGGCCCUGUACAAUGGAUCGGUUUGAGUCACCGGGGAUUGAGCGAAUACGACCUCAAUAAUCGCAAAGUUCCCAAGAAGUUCUACCAAUGGAAAUACAUGGAGAACAUCUAUUACCGUGAAACGAAAUUCUCUAUCGAAAUCAAUAACCCCAAAAGCAGUUCGAGUACAUUGUCGGGGAACGCCUCUGUGAUCGUUUGGUUUGCGGCCAAUGCGGCUCUCAACAAAACAAUUUGGUCGAUGGCCAUCGCUCAGCACCAAUUCCACAUGGACCAUCGACGGGCUCGGAAACAGACGCCGGAAGACUUUCUCAAACUGCAAAGAAUCUCUCAGGAGCUCAACAACCAAUCUCAAAUGACGAUACGAAGCUCGUUGUCGAGAAUAGCCUUGGCAUUCGAGGGAAAAGACGACGAUAAGGCGUCGACAGAGGUGAAGCUCUCGCGGUUGUCGGUGAAGAAGUCGGCCCUCGUGGAGAUCCUACGGAAAAAGCUCAAAGAACUCCAGGACAUGUGUCGGAAGGAGUCCGAAAUGACAGGGACCAUCGAUUUCGAAAUGCCCACCGACAACGACAUAGCGAACCCGACGCUGCGGAAGGCGAAACCCCUAGUCGACCGGAAUGCCAACGAGAUGGUCAUGCCUCCAGCAGCGUCUCAGAAACAGCCACUCCCGAUCAGUCGAAGAGUCCCGCCUCCACUGCCAACGUCGCACUCACUCGACCGUCUGAAAGCUCGUUCACCGGUCGUUGUCGACCAGAACGAAAACGUCGACUCGGUCGACGCCUACGAACGACCUCGCUCGAACACCCUCGGCAGGGAUAUCUCCAGGCAUUCGAGCAACUCCAACCUCAAACCGUCCCCUCGGUCCUCGAUAAGCUCCACGUCAACUUCCCCUGUACCUCCGGUCGCAGCGUAUUCUGCUCCGUCCUCUCCCAAAUGCUUGCACGGCGAAGUGAAACGCUACGUGCCGAGCAUCGCUCAACAAAGCACUCACACCUCGUACCGACGAGCGCAGUAUCCACCGGUCUACAGAUCGUCUCGUGCGGACAGUGGAAAAGCGUCCGCCGCAUCGGCCGGCACGGGCAAAAUGCGAGCUCCGAGCCCGAUGUUGGAAGCCCGCGCGAAAUUCGAAGGUCCGAUGGAGCGCGUGAACUUGUACAGCGUGAAAACGCAGAGGCUUUCGCAGGCGUUCUCGAGCCACGACAAUAUUCCCUCGUUGAUGCAGCCGGAAAUGUCCAGAAUAAAUAUGCUGGGUCUGCCACCGGCCGAGCUCAUGCCACCCCCGGCGCCCCCGCCGCUACCACGUCAUAUCUCAAACUCCAGUAUUUCUAGUCUGGCGCCUCCCGUGCCCCCUCCGCAGCCCAAACCGAAAAAGGAUUGGACAGAAACGAAUCUCGACGAUGCACCAAGAAGGAGUCCCGCACCGUCCCCCGUUCCCUCCCGGGACGAUCUACCUCCGUUACGGGACCUUCCCCCCCGAAGGAUACCCGAGCCGCCGCCCCCACCUGCGUUGCCUAUCCGAGAGCCCCAGGCGCAGCCUAGCACCGUGGUGAGAACGUCUGCGGCUGCGACUGCGGUAGUCGUCGAGCAAGGCAAAUUCAAACCGUACUACGAAGAAACGAAACCUUUUGAAAUGUCUGACUUCUACAAGUACUCGCAACGGCAUCGGAACACGUAAAUAGCCCGAUAAAUCAUUUUCAGUCACACCUCUGAUCCAAUGGCCUCAAGCCUGUUCCUCCUUCCGUCGCCGUCCCACCGUUAAAUUCGUUAAAAUUGAGAGAACGGACAGGAGACAGGCGGAGAGUUUGUGACCGCCAUGAUUGUUC